UAAAUAUGUGUUUAUUUUUUAUGUUUUUGUAAGUUGAAACGUACUUCAAACGAAGAGAAGUUUUGAUGAAACGGAACGCAAGCAAUCAUAUCUAUCUGUCAAAUUCUGAACCACGGAUGGGCAGUGAUUUAUGAUUUUGAUAAGAAAGACAGAAAAAUAGUAUUAGAAAUGUGUAUAGUGUACGAUUUUCUAGGGCAGUGUACUUGUAUAAAAUGUGAAAAGCGUCAUUAUAGUAAUUAAGUCACCAUCAUGGAUAACUUUACCGGGUCUAUGGACGAUCCGGUGGCGCAAAGAUGGAAUUCUUCAUCGAUAGACUUCGCAGAAAUAACAAUGGACAGAAACUUUGCCCUGCUGCUGGUGUCGCUUAUAUCUGCGAUACUAUGGAUCGUUUAUAUAACGUACUACAACAGCCGAGUGCUGGGCUACAUCCUGACCAGGCUCAUUAACAAAUUCUAUUUCCAAGACGACAAUUUCAAAAUAGGUUCCUUCACACUAAAUGCUCUGUCGGGUAAGAUAAUGUUUAGAGACAUAGUGUACAUCAACUAUGACUACACACUACGAAUACAAGAUGGCUACUUGAUAUUCCGAUGGUGGCGGUCUUACGUACCCAAGGAUGUAUCAGAAGACUUGUCACACUCCGACACUCGGCUGUCAAUUAUGCUAAACGGAUUCGAGCUACACUUCUAUAACCGUUGCGACCUUUACAAUGAACUCGAAAAACUGUUCGGUCUUGAGCCAGUUAUAAAGCAACAGAAUGAUGACGACUACACAGACAGAGACAAAGCUAUGAACGAUGCCAACGAGAAGCGACGCCGGGCGCAGGAGACUGUCCGUUCAGAGGCAGCCAUGGCUCGCACCUGGCGAGACCUCAUCCCUGUCAUCAAAAUCGAUAUCUGCUCUGGAAGAGUGGUUUUCGGAAAUAGAUUAGUCCCCACAACAUUGUCGAUAAGCGUGGAAGAGUCCCACUUAGUAUACAGUACAAAGCCCCCCGCCUCCAGCCUCGACCACCUUAUGCAUUUCGUUAAAGCCAAAGCAGAAAACUGCAAAGUGAUGCUCGCGCCCAGUCCUAACUAUACGUCGAUGGUUGACGAACCGCCGCGGUACAUGGGAGAAGGGUUCGUAGUAAUGAGCUCCAAUUAUAUCGAAGUGUACUUCUACAUGGACGAACCAGGUCUAGUGCCCGAACAACCAGUACUACUGCAGUUAGCCAAUGGAGACAUUGUAGAGUCAGCGCCACCAAUAUGGGGCGUCGAUAUCAAAUGUGGUAAAGGUACAGACUUCAGCUAUGGCCCCUGGGCUGACCGACAAAGAGACCAUCUUUUCAAAUUCUUCUUCCCACCGAACUAUAAAAACUUAGAGGUAACUCCACAGCCAAAGCCUGGUGAUAUUAGACAAACGCAAUCGUUUGACAUAAGACUGUCUACUUUAAAUGAAGCCACUAUUGAUAUUUUAUUCACAAAAAAUAAAGAAACGAAUGCUGUGCAUAUAAAUAUUGGCGCGGGUUCAUACCUCGAAGUAACACUCCCCUGGAUCGUGUUACAAGACGGGUACACGACAAAAAUUACAGGGCAACUGUUACAUUUAGAAGCAACAACGAGUCUGCAGUACAGAAGUUUGGCUGAAAGUGAAACUUUAGAGUACACAGUCAAAUGCCACUAUCCACUCGUGUGGAACCAUCACCAGUGUUGGCAGUUAAGUCUGACUGGUUGUAAAGCUACUACACAUCUAGUUUACACACAUAUAGACUUCUUUCAAGAUCUCAUAAACGAUUGGUCGACGAAAGCUCGUCCCGACAUUUUACACUUUGUACCUUACACCUGGAAAAUAUCCCUGCUGCUCAAAGAGUGUGAGGUAGUGACAGUGAGCAACCAAUACAACUGGAUAGAUUGCAGUUCUACGAAUCAGGAGAAUAAUCACGUGGCAUUCUGUGGAGAUCUACUCGACGUCUCCUUUGAUCUGCCGUUUGUUGAUUUCUUGCCAGAUGUGAUACCACUGAAGAUCUGGGUCCAAGGUGAAGCUGUCGACAUGAGUCUCUACCUGCCCGAAGUAAACACAUCGAAGUUAUUACUUCUAUCUCUUGAUAAAAAUAUGAAGUUAGUACCAUGUAGAUUAAAAGCCUCCAAAUGGAGAAGAAAAUGCGUUAAGUCGCAAGGCUGGGUGGAUUGUUGGUCUGUUCCUAUUGUCGCUCUGAGCGUUAGAUAUAAUUACCAUCCCAUUCCUCCACUUGGCCCUGAACCUCAGGCUGACAUAACAACACCAGAAAAAGAAGAAAUAUUACUAUCGCCAAUGAGAAUACCAAGAAUGAGAAAGCAACCCCAAAUUAACUGGGCUUUAGAUGGAAAUAAUUUCGAUAGAACGACGUUACCCCCAGAUAAAGUAAGCGUAGAACUAGAAGUGGGACCUUCUAUCCUACUGGCCUAUGGAACUAUUAUUACUAGCUUUAUGAAUUUACUAGAAAACAUAUUUGGCGAAGACCAAACAUUUACUGACAUGCAGAAAUCUCCAAAUGGAAACUUUUUACUGGUCCAGUGAAAAUGCAAAAAUGAAUGACAAAAGUAGUGUCAAUCAACAUAAUGAGAUAUCAAUAGAUGAUUCUACCGACUCGAGUAAAGGUCCAUUUGACCCCCGACACUACAGACCAUUAGAUGUGACUGUAUCUAUUAUAAUCCACGACAUUCAAGCGCAUUUAGUUAAAAAUUGCAGUGAAAGUGAGCCGCCGUGUCCAGUCAUUCUGAUCGAACGAUUUGGAUUUGAAAUGGACAAAAGCUUUAGGGAGACCAAAUUACAAUUAUUAUUGAGUCCUUCAAUAUUGGUAUCUGCAAAUAACUUGUCGAGAUCAAACCCAAUGAAUUCAGGGGCCUUGUAUCAAGGUCACUUGAUGCUGUCUUCUUUCCAACUUCGAGGGAAUGGUUUCUUCAGUGACACGAACAGAAAUGUUGAGGAAGAUACUGUGGAGUACGCCUGGAUGAUGGAGCUUCAACUCGGUCAGUUAACCGGGCGUCUCACUUUGCCCCAAUUGUACCAAAUCAUAUCUUCCUUAGAAACAUUCUUGCUACUCAUUUGUGAUAGCGAAAACGAAUUAGUUCCGCCUAACCCAGCUAAACAAUGCCACCACGGAGUGAACAAUGUGAUGUGUCAGGAAACAGACCUCACUUUAAAAUACAGAUGCCCAACGGCGAACGAAAUAAAAUACAAGAUGAUACGAGUUGCGAUUGAUCUCAUUGACAUUUACAUCGCAGAUUCGAACACCACACUACAGACAUGGAUAUCACCAGUCAGACUCAGCUUUUGUAAUUUACACGGCUCCGGUUUCGGCACUGGGGUUACUGGUUUAUUGCCAAAUAUAAAAUUAGCUCUCUACACACAAACUAACAUGCAAACAAAUACUCAUCAUCAUUCUAACGGAAGCAACAAUAGCCAAAACAAACCUCCCGAAAGUGACAAUUGGGUUGGAGUUGGUUCGGUUGCUUUAGGUCCUCUGUUGAUAGAAGCCGCCUCGUCACUGCCACAGACACCAAAAAAUCUCCACUUAGUUCAACAGAAGUUCUUAAAAUUACACGAUGAUAAAACAAAAAGGCUUUGGUUCUUAUGGCCUGUUGAUGGAAAGAGCUCACAAUGUGGUUGUACCGGUGGCUGCGCGUUCUUUGGUUCCAAUAGAAAUGGACCUAACUUCUUGAAACCAAAUCCCAACGACCUCAACGACGGCAUUAAUGUGGCCAUGUUUAAUAUCAUAGAAACGACGCCAGGAGAGUACGGAUACGGACAGAGCUUGUUACACUCUGGACAGCUUGUGUUCCAUACUCCACCGUAUAAUAGUUUAAACGUCUGCCUCCAGCCAACCAACGUGGCAACAUUAAUACCAUCGCCACUGCCACAGAGCUUGAAUAAGUCUCCUCAAAGUACUGAACGUCGCAGCCUUACUAGAAGGUUCUCAUACACAAGUAUGAGCAAAGGAAGCAACAACCUUUUGGUCUCCAGCACGAAAAGUGAUGUUCCUUACGCUCGCUUAGUGGAUUCCUCCGUGCCACUGGGUAGCACUAAGAUUGACAGCGAUUCAAAACUCAACAAGAGUAUAUUGAACGUUCCUCAGAUGGAGAGUAGUGUCUCUGAUUCUAAGUUGGCACUCAGUUGUGGAGUCAAAGACGCCAAGAAACCAGUUCCGACAGAAGGUGAAACGUUUGCAGUACCAAAAGUACCAAUGAGAAAUGUAGCAGUGUCGGAGUCACACUACUCCUUGAAUUCGCAAGUACCACCCGAAGAUACACUACCUCAAGAAGUGCAGAGAACUAUGUCUAUAACAAGCGAGAAUCAUUCCGAAGCUUUCUUCUCCGCUGAUGAGGACAUGUUCCCAAGUCGAUCCUCAAGUUUGAAGCAUUCAUUUGGCAGUCGUCACAGUAAUCCCAGAGAUAAAAGUUCGUUCGGCAUCAACGACAUAUCUAACGAAAAGUGGUCCGCGCCUAAAUCGGAGCCAGUAGACAUUCCAGAUACGAUAAGCAAUUUGAGCACUGGCGUCCAACCAGACUCUGAAAGUGGGUCUGUAUCAUCAACAUCCUUCAUUUCCGCAAUCUCUUCACAAGAAGAUAUGACGCUGGUCAAUCUUCACAUGCAGACAAACAAGCCCAUAGUAGAUUCUCCUCUCCUAAUGGCCAGUUACAUGCAUAACUUGCCUCAAUACAAGUGUUCCAACUGGGGCACGUGCUCCUUACCUAGUGGGAGUGAUGUGUUCACGUUGCCUUUAUUUAAAAGGGCUGAUGACGGCACUUUGGUAUACGUCGGACAAAAAUAUCUACCAAGUUUUGAACCGCUUGGAAAAAUUAACAUCCUCAGAUUGGUAUCAAAGAAAGAUCAUAAUAAUCAAAAUCAGCAUGGACCAUACUCUAACUUGCCCCCACAUUUUAAUUCGCAAGUGAAAGCACAUCCUUAUCCACAAGGAUGGUGGGACGUGCAGCAAACUGUGCAAGACAGUCAAGAGAACACGACGGAGAAGAGUACUACGUCAACAGUCACUACGACAAGCGACUCCAAGAGCGGUUUGUUUGUGAAACUUCGAGGUGAGAUCGAUAUCAUGUUGACACCUCUAGUCCUGGAAAGUACGCAAAAAUUCGUCGAGUCUCUCACACCAGUGUUAGCGAAUAUACAUCCUAUAACUGUGAUAAACCACUUGCGUCUGCUUUGCAUAUCAACUGUGUCCAGUGCUAACGUGCUGAAACAAAAGCAGUAUGUCCAGAAUUGGCUCCCACAGAUGCAGGACCGCAGCCAGUCGAACUUGGUAUCAGAUAAGGACGACAAAUGCAAAUUGGCAACGAUACCUCAUUCCAAUGUGUAUGAAGAGAGCAUUUGUGAGUCGUUACAAGCGACGGUGACUAUUCCGAAGGUAAACAUGAUAUUCAUACAGUCUUCGGUGGUGGAGGACAUGAUAUCCUUCUCAGCUUUAGACAACAUACAAGACUUGACCUGUGUUUCAUUGUUUGGAGUAUCUGUUGAGAACAUUAUCGCGAAAUAUGUCAGUACGAGGAAGAACCUGGAGUCUGUGCAGUUGUACUACAGACCGACUCUAAGGGCUUUGGGAAGCAAGAAGUCCUUUGGUAUAAUGAAGGGACCUCGUGCGUUGAUAUCCGCACAGACUUCUGGAAAGAGACGGGGGCCAGAGAGAGGCGAGCCAGUUUAUAUUGAGGCUUCACAGCAGCAGUGUGAAGAUACCACUAUUACUUUGAAUGUUGGCAAAGUCCACGGUCAACUUCGCCGCAUCCGCAACGAAUCUUCGCAACUAAAAGACGUAACGAUCACUGGCAUACCGUGCCAACAUUCCAAAGUGUCCUUUAAAUUCAUUCGAGUUGACUCCUGUGCUAAAGGAUGCGAGUCCAUGUGUUGCCAAAAUGGAACUGCAGCUGAGGGUCAGAAAGAUAAUCCUAUAGGCUUCAUCAUGUUCGAAUGUGGUCUAGAAGGCAUCUCGAUAAAAGUGUCGAAACACUCGCAAUCACACAAGCCACAGGCGCAAGCUGAGGAGAAGAAGCCACUGCGACCAGACAACGAGAGCUGUCGAGAGUCUGUCAAGUCUGCUGAAGAGUCGAAACCUGAUAAAGACAGGAGUACAAAAAGCAGGACCUCAGGGAUUGAAGAUCUGUUCAGAAAGAGGGAUUCUAGUUCUAAGCCUAGCACUCCUAACCUUGGAACUGCCCAACCGCCUCCAGUUCCACCUCCUCCCGAACCUUCAACUCCAGGGCCUGAUGAACCCUCAAACAACGACAGCACAGCUACUGUGGUGCCUCUCAAGGACAAUGGGAAUACUUCAUCGUGUGCUAUCGACUUGAAAGUGGUUUGGUUUAAUUUCGCCGCUCCACCGAGGACUCCUAUCACGAAGAAGAUUGACUAUACACGACUGGACUGGAACCUGUUAAGCACAGCGUCCCCAGCCAUCAACGCGUGGAUGAACCCGUGCAACCGGCUGGGCAUCCGCGUGGUGGCCCUGUACCGCGCGUACGCCCGGCGCCUGACUGCCACGGCGGCCAGUCUCAUGGCUGCGGCACUGGACCUUGCUCCCCAUCAUACACUGCCCAAGAGUCGCUACGGCCGCCACACGCCGAUGGCCAAACAGUUGCGCGAGGAGCCGUCCCUGCAGCUCUGCGCCGUCCUGCUGCGGUACGCGCUGCAGGCCGACGCGGCCGCGGUGCAGGCCGACCUGGCUGAACGACAUCUACCCUCGCUGUCUACCUUGAGACAGGGUGUAAUAGUGCUGAGUCGCCAAUGGAAGAACAUCCUGUACACGCCGUUGUUACUGGAACAUAACUAUAAGAGCAAAGUGAUGAAGCCACUUAAUGUUACCUUCGCUUUACCUGAUCUACUAGAGGACUCAGUCGAAGGAUGGCAAGAAUAUCCUCUGGAGACUGAAGCGUUGGAUGAGAACUGUCUCCUACUCAACAUGGACGUCGAUAAAGCCAACGUUCCUGCGGGCGGCGCGGCGGCUAGCCCGCGCCCGCACUCCUUCCCCUCCACGCCGCCCUCCGUGCGGGGAGCCCAAAGCAGUCGAGCGAGCCUCGUGUUCCCUUCACUGCCAUUCUCCACCAGGAAACCAGUCUUCAAUGACGACGCCAUCGCUAUAGACUACGGAACUUUGAAAGAAGACCUGCCUACAGUAGGGUCUAACCCAUCACUAUACUCGCCGCACGGCAGCGAUGAAAACAUCAAGAAUGAUCGCGCCAGAGAAGACCUGUACCAGUGGAUGGCCAAACAAGAACCUAUUAAAGUGGAGCCAAAGAGCAAGAAGCCAAUAAUUCCUCCUUCGAAGAUGAACCCCCGCGCGGUGGCGGCCGCCAUGCCUGCCUGCAGCCUGUACCCGCUGCAGGGGUCCCUGAUGUUGCUGGACGCCCAUCUUGUCUUCCAACCCUUCCUCGCUGCGCUUGGAGUCUCGCCGCAUCAAGUUACUCAAGGAGAAUCUAAGAACAAGAGUGGUUCAGGAGAGGGAGUGAACUCAGGUCCCCCCGCUUUAGACUCACUGGGAUCGAAGCUAUCAUUGGUAGCCUGGAUGGAUAUGUUCCGCAUCGACAUAGUCGUCAGCGACCUCGCUGCGAGGGACCGGCGACAUGCUGGGAAGGGGAAGAGUCCGCAAAGUCACGGCGCGAUUCAAUCAGAGACUCCAGCGUUCCUCUGCGAGAAGGUCUCCAUCGACGUGGAUCUGAAGAAGGUGGCAGACGUGGCAGUGGACGACCUCAUACAGCGACAGAAUGUCCUGUAUAUCUCUAGGGGACAGCUCAAGAAGCAUAUCAGUACUAUGCUCAACUUCAACAUCAGUAUACGGUUUAUAUCGCAACAGGUGAACAUGCCACUCCUCCGCCUGCUGCAUCAGAUCAGCAACAUGUACCAGAACGUGAAGGACACGCAGAUAGAACUGCGGACACAGACCAAGAUAUCUCAUCGACAGAAUAAACACACCUCCUCCUCUGUAUCUGACUUCAGAGAAAACCUAGUAAGCGUAUCCUCUCUAGAAAAAGAGGUUCAAUACGCGACUCUAGAACCGAAGUGGGACCUGAUGGCUCCCACCCUGACUCCCGAGCUGGCUGCAGCAGUGCCGCAGUCCCUCAGCCAACAGAAACUGGCUCAGCCGACUAGGCCACGACCACAGUCCUUUGCGCAGAAACUUAGAUCUACCGGCAAGAGUGUUAAAGGAAAACUUGGCUACAGCUCACUAAACGAAGGCGCCCACACGCCGAUGUACGCGGCGACCCGUAGUUCCCUGGGUGCAGGCAGCCCGGGCCCCGGCGUGCCCCCCAGCGCGGCCCCCAGUCCGGGCGGGGGUGUCCCCCCCGAGCUUAGUUCCCCCUCAGCGGACGCGGCGGAUGGCAAGCUGGCGCCGCGCUGCUGGAGGACUGUAUACUUACUGCUAGAUCUGUACGCUAAUAUGCCUGAUGCAGAGACUAUUACGCACAGGUUCUCAGUAACAACAGACCUCCCAGAGCAGUACCGCCACAGCCGGCCCCAACGACCGAGCUCGAGGGAACAGAACACCAGCAACUCCUCCUCUAGCGCAGCAAACAUGGGCAUGGUGGUCGUCGGAGUCGCCAGGAUCCACCGCACUCGUCUCCUGGCAUCUCUAUCUGGUCUAAAGCUGGAAGCGGAGAUAACAUCUCUCCAGGCUUCACUAUCAGCGUCACGAUCACGCCAGUGGUCACUCACUGGUAACCUGGGGAGGACCAUGAUUGUGCUGCUAGAAGGAGUCGCUCCUAACCAUCAGACGGUGGUCCGUGUAAGCGUGGGCAAGUCUCAAGCGCUGUACGGCUGGGAGGCAGGCAGGCCUGGAGCCACCGCACUGCUCAGCGUGGGGGGAGUCAGGGUCGACCUGCCCCAGCAUCCCGUAGCUCUGCAUGGGGUCAUGACGCGCUCUAGUCGACAGCUGUCUUCUACGCUGCAGGAACUAGGUGUAACCCGUACAUCAUCUCGUCUCUCCCGGACGGGUCCCAGUGGUCCAUCCUCUGGUCCGACGGGUACUAGUGGUGGGGCCGGUGGGUCAGGGUCGUCAUCCGAGGGCUCCCCAGCCCCCGCCCCCCGCCCCCCUCGCGUGCCCCGGCCGCCGCCUGCGCAUCCUCUGCUGAACCCACUGCAUCUACAUUUCUCUAUUGUUUUACAAAGUCUGAGUGUGACAGCAGCUCUGCUGCCGUCUCUGCAGGCGCAAUACAAAAUGGAGCAAGUACAGAGUUCUGGCGUCACCGGCAACAAGGCGCAGUUCACUGUCGACUUGCAACAACACUCGCUCAGCUUCGUCACUAAGCUACAGAUGGCGGAGGUGGGCGCGGCGUCGCUGCCGGCGGAGGCGGCGGUGUGGCUGCCGGGCGUGCACGUGGCGGGGCGCGUGCUGGAGCAGCGCGGGGCGGCGCGCCGCGGCGGCGCCGUGCUGCGCGCCGGACGGUACGUCGCCGCCUCCGCAGACAUCGGACUCUUCGAGCACACGCUCUCCACAGACCUGCUCAACCAUCUCGUCUUCGUGCAGAAGGUCUUCAUGAAGGAAGUGAACGAGGUAGUUCAGAAAGUGUACGGCGGUGAGAAGCCAGUACCUCUGUGGAACGAAGAAGAAGCAUCCACGUCAGCUCUCAGCAGGAUUCUAUUCUCACUUACUAUUAGAAUAAAGCGUAUACAACUAACAGCAACGACUCCAAGUAACUCAGCGGUGCGACUGGAGACGGGUGCCGUAGAGUUCGAGAUAUCGAACCGUGUACAGAACGUACAACAACCCACUGAGCCACAUGAAGUACGAAUGUUCGCCAGAGCUCAGGUUGACGUCAAUCUCAGCUUAGGACAAUUAAUCAGAAAUGCAAUGUUCGAAGAAGCAGAGGCAGAGUUCCAACAGUACGCCUUCUUCAAUACUAGGAUAUCGAUGCGCAACGCCUUCCAAGACGAGAUGGUAUGCGGCGAUGACAAAGAAGUGGUACUGAUCAAUUUAAAACGACCUCUGAUAUACAUACAACCAGUCGCAGUAGAUAAAGCUAUACUUGUAUGGCUAAACUAUAAGAAUGCGUAUGAGUACUGGAAUGAGAAGAGACUCAAUCUUAAUAAAGAAGUUUUGACGGCUACUCAACAAGUUUUUGAGAAGGUACAACUGACGUCACAGAUCACCACACCACAUCUGAGUACAUUGUUUUUGCAACUAAAUGUAGAUGAUAUUGGAAUAUGUUUGCCGCUAAAUCAACCGCCUAUGGCUCGCUGGGGCCUAGGUCGUGGUGCGUGGGGCGCGUGGUGCGGGGAGGGCGAAGCUCGCGGUGCUGUAGUAGUGACCUUGGAGUCCACACACAUCGGGGCGUGUUCCUCCGGGGCUCUGGUCUCCAAAGGCCGCUUCGUAGGCCUCUGUCUCCGCUUCGCAGACGACUUUGAAGCCUCACUAGAUGAUUGGAAACCUCGAGCUGAUGAACCAAGCCUCAACGUCUGCUGUGUCUCUGAAGGAACUUACGAAGUCUGCAGCAGGACUACCGCUGCUAAACAUAAUGAAAACGCCAAAUGGUUCCUAAAUGUGUCUUGGCAAAUGGAAGGUGUAGACAUACACCUGGAUGUCAAUGUCGGCAAACAACUGUCUGCUUUAGGACACACUCUCACCAUGUUAACAGGAUACGAAGAGGAGGAUCCCCUGAAAAUGGAUUACGAAAGUGAUCUAGACGAUGAAGCUGAUAACAGUAAGGACUCUCAGGAGAGUAUAAUCCUCCGCCGUAAGUACACCGACCACCUGCCAGCAUUUGUCUUCGACACAAGUAUCGACGCUAAAAAGAGGUCCAAACUCAUUGAGAAAGAGAUGAAUGAACAGGCCAAGAUUAUCAACGACCUUCGCACUUUAGGAGCCAGUCAUACUACUAUUGAGUAUGAAAUGAAGAGGCUUCAUGACUUGGAGGCACUUGUAUUUAAGGAUUUUAGACGAGAUAUGAUUCAGAAGCUCCGCCGUCAAAGCGUACGAGCUAGUUCCAUCACGAAGGGUAAAUUGGGAUUAGGUUCCAACAGGAGCAAGUCCUUCGUGGUACCCUCACCACCACAGGAGAGGAAAGACUUCGAAGGUGCUAUAGAACCGAACCUGACCAUGUCCCCGGGUGUCGGAGACUCCGGCGAGACCUUACUGUUAGGAGACGAGGACAACAGACUGGCCGACAUCAUUGAAGGGGGCAGCUGGAGCUCUAUGGAGAGCGAACCGCUUACUGGUCCGUCCCGCUCGGCGUCCCUGCGCGGGGCGGGCGGCGCGGGCGGCGCGCGCGGGCCGCGCGGCCUGCAGGCGGCCGCCGUGCAGCGACAGAGCUCGCUGCCCGCGCAGCCCGACCACUGGCCCGACGACCUGGACGGGGUCGAGCUCAGGAGGAAACCAGACAUCAACGUCCAGCAAUCAGAAGGUCUAAGCUCUGAAGGCAAGACGAAUAAGGCGAAGACUGCUGAGCCCAACAUAGACUUCGAGCUGGACGUGAAGGUGUACAUCAACAGUGGCAAGUGCGUGCUGCACACCAAGGAGCCCAGCAAGGACGACGAUAGUAUAAAGAUUGGCCGCAUGCGCGUAGGUCGCUCAGCAUCAGGCGGGCUAGCAGAGGGCGCGGCGGGGGUGGCAGGGGUGGGGGCGGGGACUGGAGUAGGGGUGGCAGGGGGGAGUAGCUCCCCCCCGGGGGCACGGCGAAAGGCUGCGCAUGCUAGACAUGUACCUGUACUAGAUCUCACCGUCUUCCGGGUGCCCGGACUGGACCUCAAGGUCCACUAUGAAUCGAAAACGCUACCAGAAGAAGCGACAUCCCCUCAAACGAUUCCCCCUCUCCCCUCCCUGAACGUGGGUCCCCGUAAGGUGGGCAUCAAGAAGGCGGCGUUGUUUGCCUGGAUCACGCUGCAGAGCAUUCCUGAGGAGACCAUCAUCAGUCCACAUAUACUGGAGUUCCUGGAACAGACCCUUGAACCUAUACCGACCAAAGCGUCUUUCUCUACUCCUACACCCGAGGCGGAGAGCGGGUCCCGGUCGCGGUCUGCGGAGGGCGCGUCGUACGGGCAGUACGUGUACGCGUCGUUCCCCGUCGACGUCAUCGUGCACUUCCACAUGCAGCCCAGCACCUUCCGCUUCAGCUGCCUGCCCGCCUCGCGCGUCGAGUGCCUGCUGCAGCUGCCCAGUCUGCAGAUUGUCUUCAGCUCCAAGCGGGCUAGCGAUGAGGAAAUGGCAGAACCAGCCGUAGCAAUGGGUGGGUUAAGUGUAACUGGGUGCUUAGCAGACUUUUCAGUGAACAUGUUCCAUCCAUACGGAGGGAAGAAGUCCAGCCUAAAAGAGGCACAAUGGUCUCCCCUCUCUGACACCGAACGCAAAGACUCCCUCAGCAUUAACGUCGAGUUCGUCAAGUUCCACCUCUCUAGAUCCAGGAAAUUGGACUUCCAAACUGAUCAGGAGCAGUCUAAAGCUACUGUUAGGUUCUCAACGAUCGUGGACGUCGGCUCAGCAUGGUUCAAGUAUGACAUGCGUCGACUGGGCGAGAUCUUGGCCUUCCCUAAGGCGUGGUACAGACGUACCAUAGUGAGACGUAUGUUCCUCGGUGACCUUAGUCUACACGACACUAGGGAUCAUGGUAGACCAUCAAGUAGUAACGCUCCCGUAUCUCCCGUUCUACCUCAGAGAGAGAAAACUAAGACUGUUGAUCUUCAGAAGUCCAAAGACAGCACCAAGGCCGGUGCAGUGGGUGCCGGGUCGGUGGGCGCGGCGUGGGAGACGCUCGUACUGUUCGCCGUCAACUUCACGCGACUCAACGUGCAUAUGAACAUGGGCAACGUUAUGGGGAAUGUCAGUUGGCAGAGCCGUGACUUCAACUGUACAGGCCGACUGAGUAUCGGCAGUACGGGGCACCGCAACAUGCUGGUGGGGGUCGCUUUAGCUGGCUCCGAGCUGGACGCUAGGGGCGGCAUCGUGGGGGGAGCCAUCUGUUUGUCCUCCAUUGAUACUUACGUGCACAUCGAGGAGGAGGCGGGCUGCAACCCGGGACAUGUCUGCGGCGUGCGCCUCGCCGCGCUCGAACUGCGCCUCGAGUACAUGGGCACGCCCGUACUGCUCGCGCGCGUCUCGGCCCUGCGCGCGCGCGCCGUCGACGAGUGGCUGGCGCGCGCCCGCGCCGCGCCGCGCCCGCACCCGCCCACCUCCAGACCGGCAAUUAUCCUGACUCAUGGGAAACUGAGUUGGCAUCAGCUACAAAUUCUUAUGUCCCGAAGUACUACGCCAGAUCUCCUGAAGAUGCAGCUGAAACUUGAAGAGUUCUUCACGCAACAGUUCAAGUCCAGCAAGCGAGUGUUCAGCUCUUUACAUCCGAAUUAUACUAAUGCGAGACGUGAUAGACGUGAACCGGCCCAGACGGCGGGCGGCGCGGAGGGCGGUGCGGGCGGGCCGGGCGGUGCGGGCGGUGCGGGCGGUGGGCAGGCCGAGCUGCGCCACCACCGCCACUGGCAGAAGGUGCUGCAGCUGGUCUCCGGCAUGCAGCUGUCUACGCUCUCCACCCCGCUGCCGGCCAAUGGCACUGUACUAGGUGGUACUAUGGAGUUGCACGGCACCAACAUAUCCCUGGCCUGCUUCCACGGGAACAGCUUCAAGGCCAAGUCUUGGGCACUGUUCAGUCUCAAGGACCCGAGUAUAAGCUUUGCCACUGAGGCUCAGCAGGUCGCCAGUGAGGACGGUCCGCUGGAGGUGCACGUGGUGCAGAGCCUGACGGCGAGCCUGGGCGGCGCGGGCGGCGCGGGCGCGGCGGCGCGCGCGCACGUGUCCAUGGCCACGGUGUGCCGCAUGACGCGCGCCAUGCUGUUCCCGCCGCAGUUCAAGACGCUAAGGGAGUGGUUCCACUACGCGUUCGCUAACAGUGAGAUUGACGCAAUCGAGUUAUUCCCAUCCCUGGAGCGCGAGCCAGCCCCUGCCCCCGGGGGCGCAGGCCCGGCGGCCGAGCGCAAGCCGGCGGCGGACAAACACGUCCGGGAAGUCAUAUUCGCACUGCCAUCGCUACAACUACAUCUACGGACGCAUCAUCUACAGGCUAAUACACCGCCCACUGAGACUGAUGAAAAACCAGUAGUAGAAUGCAGCUUCAUCACGGAGUUUGAGGACCAUAUCUUCGUGUCAGUGGACGCGGAGGCGUUCCUGUUCUUACACGAUCUUAUAUCUUCUUAUAUCAAGGAGAAAGAUAGAGUGAUGUCCGGCGGGCGCGGCGCGUGGGCGGAGGGCGCGGGCGCGGGGCCCAGCGCGGGGCCCGGCGCGCGCCCGCGCCCCGAGGACUACCGGGACUACCGCUGCGUCACCUGGCAUCUGGAGCCCACCGUGCGACUAUUAUCCUGGGCUGGGAAGUCCAUCGAGCCAUACGGAGUGGACUACAUCCUACAGAAAUUAGGCUUCAGCCACGCUCGCACCACCAUACCCAAGUGGUUGCAGAGAGGGACGCUCGACCCACUCGACAAACUGCUCUCACUUGUACUACUGCGUCUCGUCGCCAUCGUGCCACACAAGUGAUACUAAACUUUACACCCAGAGCACACGACUCA